UUCACAUAGCAGCAGCGCAUGGAAGCGAGUUUCUCGUGGAACAGUUACUUUCUAGAGAUGACAUCGAGGUGAACAUACAAGAUGAAAAUGAUGACUCACCGCAGGACUUGGCGAUACGUUAUGGCCGGGACAGGGUGGCCUCUCUACUUGCUCGGCAGAAGAAUAUCGCACUCGAUUCAAAUUCAGGAGAUACUGCACUGUACUGCGUUAGCAUCCCGGUAAACGAUAAUGAAGAAGAAUUGGUCCAGUGUACAUCUGCGGAUACAGGAGAAGCAGUCCCAGAACCCCCUCUGGCACAGGAUGGCACUGCAUUGGACCCACCAGAUGAUAAGGGAUCAACGCCGCUCGAGCUCGCACAUAGGAUGGAAACUUUACCUCCACCUGCGUCGUCAGGGCCUAUCCAUGACGAACCAAUCUACCAUGCUUCUCUGUCACAGUCUUUGGUUCGCAAACGAGGGAUACGGAGGGGGGCGAAGGAACGGGUCGCUUGGAAGACAAUAAACGGAUGCGCAUAUGAAAGACAAUCCUUUGAGUUACGUAGUAGAUUAGGAUUUUAUCGAUUCCCCAUUCAAUGCACAUCUCUAGGACUCUGACCUUCACUCAUCUCAACAAAUCCAAAAGUAUUCUAGAGUGCAUUAAUAUAAUUUCUUUGUAUGUAAAAUUAUAAAAUGGCACUGUACACGCAGUGGGUUACUUUCUACACCCACUACAAAU